UUAAAUGUAAACAAAGCUGCGUUGGUUUGCUCAGGAGCGCACAGUGCAAUCGUGUCCUCAGCAAAUGCCAGUCAUGUUUUAUUAAUAUUCCUUGUGGGUGGUUAAAUGCGUAAAAUUAAAACAUAACACAAAUCGCGUUCGAAAGUUAUCUAACCUAAAGAAUUUUGGUUUAUUACUCAGUUUACAAGUGAACAUAGUGCAAAGUGCACAAAAGUUGGAGCUAAAUAAAGCGCUAAUAAGAAUCUGCUAAAUAAAAUGUUUUGGGCAUUAAUUGGUGCGGGCGUUUUUACGUAUGGUGUUAUAUAUUUAGUCGCCUUAUGUUUGGUGGAUAGCGAUUUAAAUCUAGCAUUUCUAGAGCGUUUUGGUAAAUCAAUAAGUAGAAUCAAAGGCAAAGUGGUAUUUAUAACAGGAGCAUCCAGUGGAAUUGGUGAAUAUACAGCCUAUGCUCUUGCUAAACAUGGAGUUAAGCUUGUAUUAGCUGCCAGAAGGAGAAAUGAACUUGAAAGAGUAAAAAGAAAAUGUUUAGAAUUAUCAAAUGGAAGUUUAAUAGACAGUGAUGUUUUGGUUAUUGCAAUGGAUAUGUGUGAUUUGGUUUCACACAAAAUGCAUUUUCAAAAUGCAAUCAGACAUUUUGGACAUGUUGAUGUUCUAUUUAACAAUGCAGGCAGAUCCCAGAGGGCAAUGUGGGAGAAUAUAGAUAUUACAGUUGAUAAAGACCUCUUUGAAUUGAAUGUCUUUUCUGUGAUUAACCUCAGUAGAGUUGCUCUGGAACAUUUCAAUCAGAGAGGAGAAGGACAUGUUGCUGUUACUUCUAGUUUAGCUGGGGUUAUUGGUGUUGCUUAUUCAGGGAGUUAUACUGGUGCUAAACAUGCAAUUCAUGGGUAUAUGAAUUCAUUAAGGAAUGAAAAGAUGGGGAAAAGAAUUACAGUGAGUUUAUUCUGCCCUGGACCUGUUUUUACAAACUUUUUACAGGAAAGUUUUACUGAUAAACCUGGUGAGAAAUAUGGAAUUACAACUCAGCCGACUGAUCGCCGAUUAACAGCCGAACGCUGUGGUCAAUUAUGUGCCAUUGGCAUUGCCAAUAAAAUCAAGGAAGGUUGGAUGGCUAUGUUUCCUUUAAUGCCCAUCACAUACUGCGCUGUUUAUUUUCCAUUAAUAUUCCAUUUGUAAGUUUUGAUUUGAAUGUAAUAUUUGAUUUACUUUUAUUUAAUGAAUGUUUUGCAGGGUGUGAAAAUUUUGGGACCUGAGAAAAUGUUCAAAUUACGUGACAGCAAAGCACCGCAGUUGAGUUCUGUCGAGGUACAACACAUCUAAGUCUAAGUUCGCUUAUCAUUUAUUUUGAGAUUAUUUGUAUUUUUUGCAUUUUCUACUAGUUUUAUGUUUAAGUUUCUACUCAUUUUUGCCUUCUACUCUACACAGUGCAUUAUUUAAUCUUUUCGCAUUUAAUACAAUUUCUUAAUAAGUUUAUGAUUCAUUUCAUCGCUAACAACGAAUAACUCACAACGAAACACACGGCUUGACUUUCUUUAUGAUUACAGGAACAAAAGCGCAUAUAAAUGGUACAAAUUUGGUUAUGGUUUUUUAUUCUUACUGGUUUAUGGGUGUCUUGACCAAUUCUUUCUAUAACAAUCGCCAUAUUCCAUACUAUCUCUUCUUAACUUUUAAGACACCAGACCCAUUCAAGCACUGCAUGAUCGAUAUCAUUAAUAAAUUGUGCAUUUAUUCAUCGAACGCAUUUUGAACUCUAGAUUACAAUGUUCUUAUCAACUGUGUCAAUUUAUAUAAAUUUAUAUUCAAAAAGUGACAAUUAAAAGAAUUAUUUGUAAAAAUAAA